AUGGAAACCGAAACCACCCCAAAACUAGGGCAAAGUGUAGUAGCAAGAGAUCAAAGUGAUCUAGAGAAGAAACGGCAGUUGUCUGACUCAGACUGUGAGCUUGAUCAAAACAAGCAAAGAAAAAUGGAAAAUAAACAAACCGACGAUGAGAUAAAUAUGCCUACUCCCUUAUUUCUUGUGCUAAGUCAUAAGGAAGAUGGAAAAACCUUGACUAAGGUGAGCCCGUUCCUUAUCCACAAAUCUUUAGUAGCCUGUGGAGGGCAACCUAAAUCUACAAGGAAGCUGAGGAAUGGAACUAUCCUGGUGGAGGCUGCAAAUUGCAUCCAAUCCAAGAAGUUCCUUAAAAUGACGAGCUUUUUCGACCAGGUAGCGGUUACUGUCCAGCCACAUGCCUCUCUGAACUCUUCCAAGGGAAUCGUUUUCUGUCGAGACCUUAUGGACUGCAGUGAAGAGGAAAUAAAGGAUGAGCUGCAGUGCGAGAUGGUGACAGAUGUGGUCAGGAUUGUUCGGACCGAAAACGGGGUAAAGGUUCCUACCCCGGGUCUCAUUAUAACCUUUGCAAAACCCCAUCCACCAGAAACCAUCAAAGCCGGAUAUUUGUCUUUGUCCGUGCGGCCGUAUUUUAAAAAUCCCCAGCGUUGUUUCCGCUGCCAGAGGUUCGGGCACUCAAGUAAAGUGUGUUCGAACCCGGAGACGUGUUCCCGCUGUGGUGAUGAAGGACACCAAGAGGAGGGGUGCAAAAAUGAGACGCGAUGCAUAAAUUGCAAGGGAAAACAUCCGGCAUAUUCAAGAGAGUGUAAUAUUUUUAAAGAAGAAAGAGAAAUAUUAAAAAUCAUGACUAUAGAAAAGCUUUCGUUUAACGAGGCGCGUAAAGAGUACAGGAGGAGGGUCGCCCCAACUCCAAAAAAAGGAGUUUCCUACUCUGAAGCUGUAUCUGUCCCUGUUCAGGCCGCACAGUGUUCCUCAUGUACAGUCUUGGAGGGUAUGGUGCGUGCAUUGACUGAGCAGGUGGCUGCUCUGGUUCAGCACCUCGCCGCAGGUGCUGGGGAACAGUCUGUGGUCCUGCCCAGUAAAUCUCCCCGAGACUUUCAGACCUCAUCUAAACCUAAUAUCACCAGCAAGAAAUAG